AAAUGUCAAGGAAAGACUAUUUGUAAACAAGCAAUUCCUUCCAAAUUUCUUUACGCAAACUAAAACUAGGCAGAAAACAGGAAAACUUUUGCCUUUCCAAUUUUAUGAAACAUUUUCCAUGGUGCAAAUCCGAACCAAUUACUUUCAAUGCACCUAGAGUAAGUAUUAAUAUGCAAUCUCAACCACAGUCUAGCGGUGCAUGUGGAAUAACAAGCUGGAUGACCCCACUUAUGUAUGAUGGACAUCCAAUGCAUUUAUCGGGAGCGAUAAAAGUAGAAAAUGUACAACAGGAUAGGGCCGACCUAAUAAAACGGGACCAUCAACCACAGAAACACAGAUCGUGUACAGAAACUACACGGUACGCACUUCCACCAAAUACGCAUUCGAUGGAUGGUGUGGGGCGGGAGUAUUCGUUUGUCGAUGAGAUCGAAAUAGGCGAAACGAGAAUGAUGUCCUCUAUUGGACACGAACAUGUGCAAGUAAAGUUGGAAUAUAAUUCAAACGAUGAAAUGUCGGUGGAACCGAACGUGCCAGCAGGGUCCCUCUCUUCCAUUCGUGAAGAUCGAAAGUCACCCCAUACAGCUGCUCCAAACACGGAACGCCUGCAGGAAAACCGGAACCUUCCCUUCCCGUGUGAAUACUGCGAGUUGUCGUUCUACAACACUCGGCAGCUUAACAAUCAUCGCCGUAAUCAUCAGCUGGAGGAGUGUCCGGUUUGCAAGAAAACCACCAUUGCACGGUACAUGAAGGAACAUAUCGCCUUAAACCAUCCGCAAGCCAGCGUCCUGCCCGAGAAACGAACGUACAAAUGUGAUCAAUGUGAUAAGAUUUUCUACUGCAAAACGCUGCUGAUCGAUCAUCGGCGUAAUCACCAAACGAAGGAGUGUCCUGUCUGUGGGCAGCUGGUAAAGUCGCGUGUGCUGAGCAUGCACAUCGCGAGGAAACAUUCGGCACCGUCCGAACGAGGCACAUUCCGGUGUGAUCAGUGUGAUAAAACGUGUGCAUCGAAAGCUCAGCUGGCGGAUCAUCAGCGCGAUCAUCUGGUGAAGAACUGUACGGUGUGCAAUGUGCGGAUAUUGGCCCGCUGCAUGAAGAAACACAUGGCCCGUAAGCAUCCACCCGACGGUGGGAAUCGUAGCUUGGUUCGCUCGUCGUUCCAGUGCGAAUGGUGUGAUAAAGCUUACUCUAACAAACGUUCGCUCGCCUUACAUCAAAUGAACCACCCGGAACAGAAUUAAACACGAAAUAAAGCCUGCACGUUUUGAACGCGAAUGUUUAUCAUUCCGAUCCAAUGAAUUUCCGUUGUAAUAAAUAACCCCUAAUUUGCUUUAUUUGUA